AUGGAAAUGAUCAUAAAGUUCAUGUUGCAGGAAGGAGUCAGCGUCGUAGGUUUCGAAGUUCCAAGAUCACCCGAUUCAAGCUACAACAACCCUGUAGCAGGAAAUGAAGAUGAAGCCCGAGAGCCUCCACUUGUCCCUGCCCAUCUGCACCACACCUCGCUGAACUACCCACCCAGCCAAGACGAUCCAAGUAGUAUCUCAGUUCCCCAAAACGUGAUUCUUAAUCACCUCUACAUUGAGAACCGGGAUGGCCCAAGAUCUGUUGUAGCUAUGGGAAUUACCCACCGUUUCCGAUCGAAGUACGUGACCGUUGUGCUUUAUAAGCCGGUUCAGCGAAGGUGA